AAAGACACUUAAAAUAUUAACAAGAAAAAAAGGGAAGAAUUAAUCAAAAAGGAUUCACGAUUUAGGAUCACAAAAAUGGCGGCCAAAGAUCGUUUACCCAUUUUUCCAUCGCGUGGGGCCCAAACUUUGAUGAAAUCUCGAUUGGCUGGUGCCACCAAGGGCCAUGGUCUGUUAAAAAAGAAGGCCGAUGCCUUGCAAAUGCGUUUCCGUUUGAUUUUGGGCAAAAUUAUUGAGACCAAAAUGCUAAUGGGUCAGGUGAUGAAGGAGGCCGCCUUCUCAUUGGCCGAAGUUAAAUUCACCACUGGCGAUAUCAAUCAAGUUGUAUUGCAAAAUGUCACAAAGGCUCAGAUUAAAAUACGCACCAAAAAGGAUAAUGUGGCCGGGGUCACGUUGCCAGUGUUUGAGCCCUAUCAGGAUGGUGUCGAUACAUAUGAAUUGGCCGGAUUGGCACGUGGUGGCCAACAAUUGGCAAAGCUAAAGAAAAACUAUCAGAGUGCAGUCCGUCUGCUGGUUGAGCUGGCCUCGUUACAGACCUCAUUUGUGACAUUAGACGAUGUCAUAAAGGUCACCAAUCGACGAGUCAAUGCCAUUGAGCAUGUUAUUAUACCACGAAUUAAUCGCACAAUUGAGUACAUCAUCAGUGAGUUGGAUGAACUGGAACGCGAGGAAUUCUAUCGUUUGAAGAAGAUCCAGGAUAAGAAACGCGAGGCACGCAAAAGUGCCGAUCGCAAACGGGAAGAGUUACGUCGUCUCGGCUAUCAAGUGGCCCAUGAGGAAGAAGUACAAAAUAUACUUGAAAACGAUGGCGAUGAGGAUUUGUUAUUCUAAACAUCACAAAUGUUCAACAAAAUAAUUGAAUACCCGUACAACACUGCAAAGAGAGAAACCACAAAAACCGCCGCCCAACCGCACCCUCCAAACAAAAAAAGAAAAGAAAAAGGCAACUCAACUACCUCAUCCAAUGUUAAACUGAUUCUCUUCCCCUUUAUUCAUGAUACUUACAUACUUACUACACAAUGUGAUCUAGUAAUUGGGUUUUUAUUGUUGUUGUUGUUGUUGUUGCUGUUGGUUUUUUGUUUUUUUAAUUAUUAUUGUUGUUGUUGUCAAUUAUAUGAGUAAGUGAUCUAUCCGAUCGUCAAUUGCUAAUUUGUUGAAAGAAAUAUGCGAAAAAAAUAUAAUUCUUUAUUUUAUGACCCGA